AUGGUGAAGGCCGUAGAUGGUGACGGCGCUAAGGGCGGCAAGGCCGCACGCAAAGCGAAGAGCUCAUCCGAGUUCUCCACUGAAAACAUGCUCCGUGACAUAAAGAAGGUGGUGAAGGCCUUCGGUGGCGGGAUAAUGAAGGAUACGGAGAAGUCCAAGAAGUCGAAAUCAAAGAGCAUGGCCCUACCCAUUGUGAAGGGCAAGAAAUCAAUCGCUUCGCUGCCUAUUCUGAGUGAAGAUGAAGAUGGGGAAGAUAGCACCGCAGAGGAUGCGCCUGUAGAAAAAUCCAAGCCGACUAAAGGAAAGAAAGAAAAAUCUGCUGACACGAAGAAGAAACACGUGGAUGCUGAGAACACCCCCGUAGAUGAAUCGGAAAAGGUUGAGGCAAAAGGUGUCAAGAUGACCAGCGACGCCAUGGCAGCUUCGAAGAAAGUGGCAUCGUUGAGGCAGCCAAAAAGAGUGAGCGCUGCCGCGGUCAAAACUUCACUCGAUGCGACAGCUCCUGUGAAGUCGGCGGCAUCGACUAAGAGUUCUCCGAAGUCAAUACGCCUAGAUGAGAGCGACGAUGAUUCCCCGUCGUCGGGAAAGGCCACUUUGCCUCAGUCGGAUGUUGAAACAACCAAAAAGGCGAAAGAAAAAAAGACGCCGGCAACUAAGCUGCUGUUUACCAACGUCAAAGCUUCCGAAGAGGCGUUCAAGACCCUGAUCAAAAGCCGUAUCUCAUCAUGCGGUGCGUACAUAAAGUGCUUCAUGACGUCUGCUGGGAAGUACGUAGUUCUAGUCGCCAACGAAGAAAUUGCCAAUGCAUACGUGUCGUACUUCAAUGGGUAUGAGUUGAACGGUGAGGCGAUGUCGGUGGACAUCUCAACCAGGGGGCCGAAGGGCACCGAAAAAAAGAUGCACAUGCCCUCCAAGGAAUCAUUCAAGACCGUCACUCUCAAAAAUAUACCGAAGGUGUUCGAACGUGACUCCGUUGUUAAGGCACUGGAAUCUGUUGAUGGUGUGAAGUACAAAUCCUUGAAACGUGACUUAGGGGGCAACUGGGCAGUCGGAUUCGAGACUGUGCCCGAUUGCGUCAAAUUCACGUCCCUGGUGAACGGCGGCGUUCUAACCUUCGUUAAUGAGACAAAAACCAAAAAGGUAAAAGUCAAAUGUGAUGCUCCGUCGUUCGGCACGAAGGCGGCUCACGCCGGUCGCGUGUUUGUCCAGAACCUCAGCUUCAACACUACUGCCACCCAGUUGGAGGAGUUAGUGCACCGUUUUGAUAAGGGAGCAAAGGUUCACAUGCCAAAAGGUGGCAAGAAAGGCUUCGCUUUCGUUCAAUUCUCCAACAUACAGGUUGCCGAGAAGGCUAUUCUGCGCCUGAACGGCAGCGAUUUCGGAGGACGAAAGAUAAGACUUGCACUCUCGCUGCCUACUGAGCUUUAUAAGGACAAGCCGAAAACGGUGGAAACUAAGCCUGAGGCAGAUCCAGCGGGAGACAAAAAGGAAGAUCUGGAUGAAGGUGACGAAGAUGAAGAGGAGGAAGAAGACGACGACGAAGAAGGAGAAGGUGAUGAACAGGACGACGAUGAUGAUGACGAAGAGAGUGAUGAUGAGGAGGAAAUGGAUUCGGGUGACGAAGAAGAUGAGGAAGAAGGCGAGGAAGAUGAUGACGAAGAGGGAGAAGAAGAGGAAGACCAAGAAGAAGAAGGAAGUGAAGAAAAUGAAGACCAACAAGCUUCAGGCAAAGGAAAAAAGGCGCGUAGCUCCGGUGAGAAGACAAAAAAGAGCGACGAAAGUAAUCGCACAAUAUUCGUGCGUAACUUGAGCUACCAGUCUACAGAGGCUGCCCUUCGGGAGUACUUUUCCACCUAUGGCGCUGUGAAAUCUUGCAACAUUUGUAAAGAUGAGAAAGGGGUCAGCCGUGGCACCGCUUUCAUUCUUUUCGAGGAUGCCGACGACGCACGUAAGAUUUUGGCCAUGGAGGAGCUGGCGCUGGAACGUGACGCCGAUUUCAACUUGGAGGACAAAAAGAGCGCCCGCAACAAGGUGAAACAUGGACCGGCUGCGGGCCUUGGAUUCUCCCUAAAUGGUAGGCGCUUGCGCCUGUCACGGGCAAUCAGCAAGGACGAGGCCAGCAACUUGUCGAAAGCCAAGGAGCAAAAGCGCAAUGCCGCCCCCAACUCGAAGAAACGCAGCGACCUAUUGAUGGAAGGCGUAAUCCUCGAGACUUCCCCUGAGUUCCAGAAGCUGACCGCGAUGGAACAGAAACUCCAAACCUCCAGUUUCAAAGAGAAACUGGAGAAGAUGAAAAACCCGAACAUGUUCUUGAACCCCAAGCGCCUCUGCGUGCGCAACUUGCCUCCCAACGCGGAUGUGAACGAGCUCCGGCGGGCCAUUGUCGCGCACUUCCGGCGCAACGUGGACCUGGCCAGCAUCUGCGGCAGCAAGAAGGUUGACGCAAGCCGGACCAUCGGCAAGGUGACAUUCCUGUCCGAUGAGAAGCGCAAGGUGAAGGUUGGGGAGUCCACCAUGCGGCGGCGUAUGCCGUUUGCGUUCAUCGACUUCAACCACGAAGAGCUUGCGUUGCAGGCCCUGCGUUUCCUGUCCAGCAAUGCCGACAUAUUCGGUGCCCGCCACCGUCUUUUUGCGGAAUUCGCCAUCGAAGACAGCCGAGCACUCUACAUACAGAAUAAGCGCAAGCAGCAGUAUGAUGAGAAGCUGAAGGAGAGAAUCGCUGCCAAGGAAGACGAAGAGGACACGCCGGAGGCUGGGAAGAAACGCAAGAAGUGCAAAACAUACAGCCGUGGCAAGCUGCAGCGCAUGAAACGCCGCAAGCUACGUGAGGCUGCGGCCGAACAGCCUGCUGCAAACUCAUGA